AUGGCCGGAGGAGACGAGCUGAGGCUGCUGGGGACGUGGGCGAGCCCGCACGUCUUGCGAGUACGACUCGCGCUCCACCUCAAGGGCUUGGGCUACGAGUACGUGGAGGAGCAAGGCCUCAAGAACUACAAGAGCGAUGAGCUGCUCCUCAACAGUAAGCUGCCGGUGCUGACCCACGGCGGCAAGCCUGUCUACGGGACGUCGUUGAGCCUAAUCCAGGACCUCGACGAGGCCUUCACCGGCGCCGGCUCCUCCCUCCUCCCCGAAGGCCCCUCCGAGCGUGCUAUCGCUCGCUACUGGGGUGACUUUAUCGAUGACACGCUCGUCAAGGCGAUGGAGAAGGCGACAUGGAGCGUAACGUGCAGGGAGAAGGCAGGGGUGAAGGCCCAGAUGGCGGCCGCUAUGGAGACGCUAGAGGGAGCUAUGAGAGAGUGCUCCAAGCCCUUCUUCGGAGGCGAUAGCCCCGGAUAUGUGGAUGUGGUGCUCGGUGGCCUUCUUCCAUGGCUGUGCGUCACCGAUAAGAGACAACCCAGCAUGAAGACCUUCGACCCUAUCACCACGCCGCUCCUACUCGCAUGGCAGGACCGCUUCUGUUCGUUGAAAAAAGUUCAGGGACUCAUGCCAGAUGUGGGCGAGCUGGUCGACUUAGCCAGGCCGGUGCCUACUCACUGCUCCCGUGAAUCCCUGCAAGUUAUUUUAAUUUUGUCUUCACUUCUUGUGCAAAUUGCGACUGCAUGUAGUAGAUGA